UCAUUCUUGCACGACGGUGUGGUCCAGGCCUGCUGUGUUCCUAAAAGGCCUGAGGGGGCGUCUCCUCUGGCAGGCAGUCCUGGACAUCUGGCGGUGAACCGAGCCGCAGUCAGCCAAGGUCUCCUGCCCCGGGCAGGAAGCCCACGGGAUCCACCGGGUCCCAGGAUGGCGUGGACGCCCGACAGGGUAUCCUGUUCCCAGACCUGAGCUGAUGUGUCGACUGGAGCAUGGGCAGGAGCUGUGCCCGGUGAUGAAAGAGCUUUUCCCAAGCAUCAGUGCAGGUAAAACCAAGGCCACCGAACUUACCACUUGUGAGCCAGCCCUAUCUAAGGGAAUUUCAUGCCAGGGCAAGUUAACAAAAGAAGCCUCAGAGGACUCCCAGUCAGUGCAAACUCCUGGUCAAAUUGGUUCUUCAGAAAUGCAGCAAGGACACUUUCAAGCAGGGAUAGAGCCUCCGAGCAAGCUGCUUCCUGGGAAAAUCAGCCUUGGACGGGAUAGCUUAGUGACAGCUGAAGACAUGUGUUCCAAGGUUAUACAGAAGCACGUUGCUUCAGGAAAUGCUGUCAGUAAUUGUCACUCGAAUGAGUCAGGUAAGGACACUGUAAUUCAGGAGAAGGAAAGUAUCUUUAGAUGUCAUGAUUGUGGCAAAGUAUUCAGCAAGAAGAGCCUCCUUGCUCGCCAUGAGAGGAGUCACUCUGGAGUGAAGCCAUAUGAGUGUACGGAGUGUGGGAAGGCCUUCAGCAAGAGCACAUACCUUCUUCAACACCACAUGGUCCACAGUGGGGAGAGGCCCUGUAAGUGUACGGAGUGUGAGAAGGCUUUCAACCGCCAAUCCCACCUUACCCAGCACCAGCGGAUCCACAGUGGGGAGAAGCCUUAUAAAUGCGAUAAAUGUGGCAGAGCUUUCAUACACCACUCGACUUUUGUCUUACAUGACAGGAGCCACACUGGAGAGAAACCUUUUGUUUGUAAAGAAUGUGGAAAAGCUUUUCGAGAUAGGCCAGGUUUCAUUCGACACUACAUCAUCCACAGUGGGGAGAACCCUUCCGAGUGCUUUGAGUGUGGCCAGGUCUUCAAGCACAGGUCCUACCUCCUGUGGCACCAGCAGACGCACACUGGAAAGAAGCCCUAUGAGUGCAGCGAGUGUGGGAAAGUCUUCCUGGAGAGUGCAGCCUUGAUCCACCACUAUGUGAUCCACACCGGGGAGAAGCCCUUUGAGUGCCUCGAGUGUGGCAAAGCCUUCAACCACAGGUCGUACCUCAAGAGGCACCAGCGCAUUCACACUGGGGAGAAGCCUUUUGUGUGCAGUGAGUGUGGGAAAGCCUUUAGCAGUAGAGCUGACCUUAUUCGUCACUUCAGCGUGCACACUGCAGAGAAGCCCUAUGAGUGUGUGCAGUGUGGGAAGGCUUUCAACCGUAGGUCGGGACUCACAAGGCACCAGCGGAUUCAUAGCGGGGAGAGACCUUAUGAAUGUGUUGAGUGUGGGAAAACCUUUGGCUGGAGCACAAACCUCAUCCGACACUCCAUCAUCCAUACUGGAGAGAAACCCUGUGACUGCAGUGAGUGUGGAAAGGUCUUCAGCUCCUCACUCACUCACCGUCGAAGGACACACCGCGAGAGAAACCCUGCCAGUGAAGCAGGUGAGGAAAAGCCUUUCACAAGUGGGCAGACUUCGGUCAAUGUCCAAGAACUUCUAUUGGGAAAUAACUUUUUUAAUGUAGCCACUGAGGGAAAUCUUUUCCAGGCAGAAACAUCUUGUAUAGCACCUGCUAAUUCAUACCAAAGAAAAACCCCAAAAGUGUCUUCACUGUGAGAAAACUUGUUGCAGAUUGCUGCUUGUCCUAUGAAAACAUAUUAGAAAUUGAGCCUUAUUUUGCACCCAUGAAACCCUUCCCAGGUGUAUCUCUCUCCUACUGUGCAGUGCAGUGUUAGUUCAGGAAUUUUUGUGAAAAGGCGGUGCCAUAGGAAUGAAAAACGUAAGCACUGCUUCCACACUGUCCUGCCAAGUCUUUGCCCUUUGCUAAUGGAUUUCCAAUGUGGGUGAGGCUCGGCUGGCAGCGAUGGGGCACGCCUUUAAUCCCAGCACUCAGGAG